AUGGCUGAACCGUUUGUUGGAUCAGCCAUGGAACCAAAGAUGUUGGAACCGGUUGUGGAGACCAAGGAUGAAAUGAGGACCGCCUGCUGGGACCGGUAUGGAAGGCAGAUCCAGAAUCGGAGCCUUAUACAAAUCCAAGAUCACGUCCUCCAUGGUGAAUGUUUCCCGAUGUCUGCAGGUACUGAUUUGGUUGUCACCUCUGCAGAUCUUUCCCAGGGUCCCCACUGGCAACUUUUCAUUUUGUGGGCUGCAUUCAUUGGGAUUGUCAGCUUGGUGGUAGCUGUGAAAGUUUUGGUUUUGCAGCUGGAAGUUGAGAGGGGAAAAAUCAUGGCUGCUGGCACAUGCCCUGUGAAAUGCAAUUCCUCAUCAGACGAUUUCAUGUCUUUUCUACGAAGUAGAUUUUGCAACCAGGGCGAAUCCACAUGGACAGUGAAUUCCAGUUGCCAGAUCUGCCCUCAAAACUGGCGCCUCCACCCGGACAAAUGCUACUGGCUAUCAGUGGAUUUAAAAUCCUGGAAUGACAGCCAUAGGGACUGCUCAAAGAAGGGGGCUCAGCUGACUGUGAUCCAAGACAAGGAAGAUAUGGAGUUCUUAAAGUGGAUUACAGAGAAUGGACAGAGUUACUGGAUUGGACUCUCCCUCUCUUCAUCAGAGAAGAAAUGGGUGUGGGUUACAGGUCAUCCCCUUGACCAGAAUCUGUUCCAAGAACCACCAAGCUCUGCUGGAGAUGGAUGCUGUGCAAGAAUAAAAAACGGCAAAAUCCAAUCUGAGACCUGCACUGCUAUACAUCGUUGGGUUUGCCAGAAGGAUCCCAUUUUGUUAUGAUAUUUUGAUUGAUAUUAUUUGUAAUUUCAUUAUUUGCUGGGAACAUAAACUCCCAUGAGAUAAAUACAUCUCUAUUUUCACCCAAAUACCUUGCUUUGAAAUUUUGUUUAUAUUUUGUCAUGUUGGACUGAUGAUGUCUUACUUACCUACCUUCCUACUUAUCUACCUACCUACCUGCUUGUCCUGUCUUUGAUAAAAAGUCUGGAAGUUGACCCAAUAUUCUUCCUACACAGGCAAAGCAGCAGGCAGAGCCCAGUCAUAUAUAUAUAUCUCCCCCCUCUCACCCCAAACCAUCUUGCAGUGGUAGCGUAGUAAAUUUUGAAGUGAAAGAGCUCUUCUUCUGCUGUACUUCAGUGGAUUUGCCAGAAAGAUCCCACUUUGUUAUAUUUUAAUUGAGGUAAACCAUAAUUAAGGAGCAGCCGUCCCAUUCCUCCCACCUUUGCUUCCUCCUCUCCCCCCCUCAGUAUUUCUCUCUCUACCAUCCCUUCUUUUCUCUUUAUCACUCUUCCCCCAACAACUUCUGUCACUCCUCUUUCUCAUCCCCCAUGCCUUCUUUUACUUUUUCUGUCAUCAUCACUCCCUCUUUUCCUCCCCCAUCCCUUACUUAAGACCUCACCAGCAGUGCAGCUGUUCCCCUCACAUGGCUGUGGGGGAAUUCAAUAGUUCCCACAUCAGAAGCAGCUCCUCUUCAUUUGACAUGAUGGGUGUUGACUCCUCAUCCCCCAUCCACUAUACUGUCACUGGCCCCUCCUCCCCUGCACACAUGACUGCCUCAGAGGCUUCUGAGGAGAGGCAGUGAUGGCAGGGGCUGGCAGUAUCAAUCGUGUGCAAGUGCAGUGAGGUUCCUUUUGGAGGGGAUUAAUCCAUGUCUCCAUGUUGUGUAAGUUUUUAGAUUCUUCUGUAAACCUGCCCCCUCAAGUUUGCAGGAAAAUCUCCCUUGUCUCCACCUCACCCCAAACCACAGGAUCACUAUAAAAUAUGUGCAGGUCUCAUUUUGAGGGGGAAUGCACAGGAACGCAGUUCCGGAAGUUCCCCCAAGAGGCACAUGACAGGUGGCCCCGCUCACCUCUCAGCCAUUUUGGGCCCGUUUUGGCCUAGAUUGGGGCCAAAACAGCCCGGAUCGGGCCUCUGACAGGUGGUUUUACACUCUCCUGCUUAGCAGCGGCCUGAUCCUAACCAUUUUGGGCCCCUUUUUGGCCAUUUUCAGCCCCUUUUUUCCAUUUUGGGCCCAAUUUCGGCCCUGAAUGGCCAAGAUUGGGUCCAAAACAGCCAAGAUAGGUGAUGUCAGGGGGUGUGGCAUACGCAAAUCAGUUAGGCUAAUGACACACUUCCGGUGAUGUCAAGGGGCAUGGCAUAUGCUAAUGAGUUAUGUGUUGUGCUAAUGAGUCCCUCCAGCUUUUUUUCUACAAAAUGACCCCUGGAUAUGUGGAUGUUGUUAUUUCAUAGAAACAAAAUAAAAACUAGUGAGCACAAUGUAUUGGUAUUUUUUUUACAGAAAUCCUUUCUUUGAAGUUCAGAAAUCAUUGUUGAGGGAUUCUUUUUUGGCUACUGAAACGUUGAUCUGAACCUGUGUUUGUAGGGAGGCUAUGCGUAGUAUAGUAGCUGACCAACCUGCUUUCUCCAUAAUCAAAGCAACAGACCCAGAAGAUAUUAGAAACACCUUAUGUAAAAUAUGAGCUCAUGUAGCCAGGACCUCAAGCAUGCUGGACUGUAUUUGUAUGCAUGUAGAGUAUUCACAUUUUUACAAUACAACAUAGAAUUUACAUGGCUAUGAAGAAUAAAGAGAAUAUGCGCAUAUUUUUUAAAAACAAUGAGUGAAGCAGUGAAUUUGAAAAAGGACUAAGGGAAAGUGGGGCAAAAAGGAAGAGACACCCUGAGUGCUGGA